CAGCAACCUACUGUUAGAGCUCAAUAACGUGCCUGUGCGACGAUUCCACCGAUAGUUCGGAUCUACCAGUACUUGUCUCUUGCUCACUCUUCUCCUGCUUUCCGCCUCGUGUAGUGUCCUAGUGUGCCGCCGCAGACCUUGCGACGCAACUGUCUCAACUAAUUCGCUGAUCCAAUCCUACCUGACGUCUACGUUACUUAGCCACCGCUCGCUCCUCCUCCACGAACAGCAGCCGAAUAGACUCCUCACGACGUUUUGGACGCCCACAUAUUGCCUCCCGUCGCAUGCUCGACAGGACCAUACGUUUACUUCACCAGAAACACCGCCUCUCCACUGGUCCGCUAGUGUCGACACACGACAUCAUCGAGGCGGGAGUUGGCCCGCAGGAGCGGCUCUAGAAGCCUGCGAGGGCGUGCAAACGAGCGGCUUGGUCGGUCACAAACAGAGCCAAGCCAACGCUGACGACUGGAAGGAGUGGGCUCACCUCCUCGUCUCACAUGGUCUCUUGAGCAAAGGCAUGGACCCGCACACCGCUGCCUUCACACCACACAACGACUUUUGGCGUCUUGAGAUGCUGAAGGUGCAGCACACACAAGCAGAUCAUGCGGAGCGACUGGCGAGACUCGAGCGACGCCAGGACGACGACGCCAGGAUGAAGAGCGUAUGGGGAACGUCGAGCCCAUUUCCAGGCGUUCUGAGUGGGACGCCGCAGCAAGCUCCUCUGCACCAGCCGCCAGCAGAUGCGUUCUCUGGCUUCGACGACCACGCUUCUCUCAUUGGUAGCUUGCACCUGGAUGCCGAAGACGAACCCAGAAGACCUGGUGCAACCUCGCGCGCAAACAGCGUUCGAUUUGACGAAAGCGCAAAUCAAAGCCACUGGUCGCACCCGCACCGCUCGUCCAUAGACCUCAUUCCUCGCUCUGGCAGCAGUCUAAGCUCGCAUCCCAUGAUUGAGCGGACCUAUUCACACAAGUCGGAUGGACGGCAGAGCUCCGCCGGUCAGUCUGUACAUUCAGCAACUUCUGGCAGAGCCAACAGUCUGGGUAUAGAUACGCCGUUCUCUGGAUUGGGAACCUCGCCUAUGGAGGCGCCUGCCUUUGCACCAGGCCUUUUUGUGCUGGGUUCCGUGCCGUCCAUUAUACGCUGCUGGCUCAACGAGAACUUUAAGCACGAUUCAUUACUGUACGCCGCUGUGUGCACCGGCUCACAUGGAUCCUACCUCGACGAGAGACUUGUUGCCCAGCUCGGCUACAAAGAGCAAGUUCGAGACGAGACAGACAAGAAGAUCAAGCUUCCUGUUUACUUUCCAGAGGCCACCACCAGAAAUGUUUCUUCGUCCCGACCAAGCAGUCCCACCCCUCAACUACCCUCGAUCGCAGUCGACUUCACGGUGGUCACUCAACGUUCUGACGAAAACGAUCCAUCAAUCCAGAUUUUCAUCGGCAGCGACGUUCUCAGAGCACACAACGGUGAUGUUCGCUUUUCCACAAACAACAUUACUCUGUACGACGAUGAUCGCUGCAAGCUCUCCAUCCCCAUGGUACGGCCUGAAAAUGAGCAAACUUUCAAGAACUUGCGCACAAUGAGCCUUUCACCUUCGGUGCUAGAGGCUCCUAAAAAACAGCCUCCACCGUGCCAACCGUCGUUAUCCAAUGGACUAAAACAAACAGCCACAAAUGGGUCAUUUUCUCCAGAUUCUUCGGGUCAGCAAUCUUCCCCUCGCGUGUCCUUGGAUGAACAGCCCAGCCGACCCUCGAUUACUGAGGACAUUUCCACUGGUUCAACGCGUCAAAGCCUAGAAGACCGCUCUGCUCCCGUCAAUGUAGUGACAAAGGUACAAUCUUUGGACCAAGCGGACCCAGAUUCGCGAGCUACAUCAUCGACAACCCCUUCUAGUAUCUGGGGAACCUGGCGGCGCGAUUCUGCAGAGUCGGGGAAAUCAUCAAGCCAGUGGGCUAAGACAAGCGGCAACUAUCAACGCCGAGAACAAGGUAUCAAAGUUCUUCGCCCAACGAAAUCUUCCAGGGCCGUCUCCGCAACAGGAGCUCCCACAACUUCUGCCCCCACGGUGGAAACGGUUUCCGUCCCAGCCACAAGUCAGUCGAGGUACUUCACCGAUGGGGGCCGAAGAACGAACAUGGAAACAUCAGGGUCAAACCUAAGUCUGAGUUCUAACAGUAAAAAGGACAUGACAACACCGAUAGCCGCAGGAGCUGGGAAGACCAAAUCGGCAAAUCCGGUGGGUGGUGCCAGUGCAUUCUCCUGGCUCUCCAAGUGAAUGUGCAGCACGUUCUAAUACGGCAUUUUCUCCCAAUGUCUUUUUUAUUUUCAACCUGUAUUCAUGUGUUGAGAAAGGCUCCCACGAAAUUUGUGGGGGCUAAGUCGAGGUGUGUAGAACAACAGCAGCUACCGCUACCACCUGCGGCAGAUUUCGCCUACAAGUAGCUCAAGGAGGUUCUUCAGCCGGCGCGAGCUGGCAGAGCCCCCCCAAAUGAAAUGAUGUCAGAAAUUAUGCACUGA